UUAUACAACUAGAGGAAUGUAUGAUGUUUUUUUUAACUUUAUAAAGGCUGCAUGUGGUCUGAGUAAGAAGUCAAAGGAGCAGAUUGUGGACAUUGAUGCUGCAGAUGUGAACUAUGAAUUGGCAGUUUUGGAAUAUGUUGAAGACAUUUACAGCUUCUACAAACUAGCUGAGGUAUUUAUUGUCUUGAACUUGAGCUUUAUUUUCGUUUCUUGUAUACUAGCAAUAUCUCACAAGUUUGAGCUUAAUCCAGAAACUCUUUACCUCACAAUCUACAUUGUUGAUCGCUACCUCGCUGUGGAGACUGCAUCAAGAAGGGAACUGCAGUUGGUGGGCAUUAGUUCCAUGCUUAUAUCCUCUAAAUAUGAAGAAACUUGGGCUCCCGAGCUCAAUGACUUCGUGUGCAUCUCGGACAAAACUUACAGUCACGAGCAAGUGUUAACUAUGGAGAAACAAAUUCACGAGCAACUGGAAUGGUAUCUAACAGUCCCAACACCUUAUGUGUUCCUCGUCCGUUCCAUCAAAGCUUCUUUACCUGAUUCAGAAGUCAAUGACUUCAUGUGCAUCUUAGACAAAACUUACAGUCACGAGGAAGUGUUAACUAUGGACAAACAAAAUCUCGGGCAACUGGUUGUCGUGGAUAAAAUUGUCGUGGUUGUGUGAAGUGAAGUUAGCCAUGUGGAAGCCUCAUUGUUUGCCGAUUAACCUACUAUUGUAAGUGUUUGGUUAUUGUUUUCAGUACCAAAGCUCCUCGGUUACAUAGUUUUUGGGUUUACAUUGUAUUAAACUGGUUGGAAGUCAAAGGUAUGUUUGAUAUCCCUUUAGGGCUAUAAAUUAUCUGGUUCCAAAGAAGAUCAUCUAUACUUACUUGGAAAUUUAUUUCUUUAUGAGUUCUUAUGUUCUAUUACUCAAUGUAUAAACCAGACACAAGGGGCCGAUGAAACUACCACAUUUAAAGACAUCAAACUAAACUUUGUCUUUCAAUUGCGUCGACCUUGGAAUAAAGAGCUUAUAAGUUUUGGGAACCUGAGAAUAUCAUGGACUACAAUUUUGUGUUGGUCUACAUAUCUGCAAUUAAUGCAUCCUUCUGGUAACAAUUCUGGAAAUCUUUGUACAUCUAUGUUACAUUGCGUUAAACUGGUUGUUGUGGAUAAAGUAGCCGUGGUUGGUGAGGUGAAGUUAGCCAUGUGGAACCCUCAUUGUUUGCCGAUUAGCCGACUAUUGUAAGUGUUUGGUUAUUGUUUUCAGUACCGAAGCUCCUUGGUUACAAAGUUUUUUGGUGUACAUUGUGUUAAAUUGGUUGGAUGUCAAAGGUAUGUUUGAAAUCCCUUUAGCGCUACGACCUAUCUGCUUCCGAAGAAGAUCAUGUAUAUUUCCUUCUGCAGUUAUUUCUCUAGGAGUUCUUACAUUCUCUUAUUCAACAAACGGGUGUCUUAACGGAUAUGUCAUAGAAUUGUUAAGUGCACACUAUUAAAGGAUAAUGUUUUGUUUUAUAAAUGGUAACCAGUUGGUCAUACUAUAACAAUGAGAAUGCUAGAGCUGUGUUGCUUAAAAAUAUAAAUUGCAGAAGAACUCAUGGAAAGACAAUAAUCUGCGUUAAUAAAUCAACUGGCAUUCUGUAAUAUGAUUUCAGGUGAAAUGAAUCAGUGAAGUGGCUCAGGGUAGCAAGAUAUUGGCCACACACACUGACUGUCCUGGUGUAAGCAUCUGCUUCUGAAUAUUUCAAUUUUAUUUGGUAGCCCUAUCGUACACAUUUGUUUCCCCCCUGGUGGUUUCUUGGUAACCAACAUAAAGCUGGUGGAAACUCUAGGCUACAAGCAGAUGAGUUGAUUCCGAUGGAUUCUACUUGAAUCCGCAGCGCUGCACCACCCGCCCAGGUUAAAUUCCCACUGAUGUGUCGACUAAUUCUACAUCCAACCACCCGUCUUCAUUUCUAUGCAAUAUUUACAAGAGCCAGUCAACGGUGUUCUGCAGAAGAUUUAGUACCUUGGAAGUAUGGAAGUUUUCUGUAUGACCUCUUCUAUGCUAAGAUACAAUUCCAAGACAUGAAGUGAUCUUCAUUCCUCUGCAAUUUUUACAAGAGCCAUUCAACAGUGUUUUGCAGAAGAUUUAGUACCUUGAAAGUUACCAACCACCUGAAGAACCCAGGAUACAUGAGAAGUCUUCUGUGUGACAUCUUCUAUGCUCAGUAUUGAACAUAUUUCAAAGCGAGGAAAUCACAAGUUAUUGCAGUUGGUGGUAGCACCUCCUGGUUUGGGAAACUCGAGGUGAUUGCACCAUGAGUUCGUUUUGAAUGUGUCAACGAAAAAUGAUUCUGCCGAUGCUGCGAUAAGUAUUUGACAAUGCCAACUGAAUCAAACUUCUUACCCUCCAGAAGUUGUGACGCUCCUCAAGUUCAGUUACUUGUCCAGACCAUAGUUAACAUAUAACUGACAGUUUCUUCUUUUGUUUCCUUUUCUCUACUCCUUUUUUGGACAUAAACGUAACAAAUGGUGGGUGGAACAUUAUUAGAAGUUUGUAGUGUGGAGUUUGAUUGGCUGGGUGUCAAUCGUCAUGUUCAGAUGAACCUAUUGACAACCUCUUUUUAAUUUAAAUUGGAGCCAAAGUAGUAACAGUGUUCUUGGAACAAAAAAGUACGAAAAGAUGAAAAAUAGUAUCAUUUAUUCAUAUAAAGUUUCAAAUAUAUCAUAAAGAAGCAUGUGUAGAGAACUUACUUAGUCCAAUUAACGAUAGUUGCUUUCGUGCCA